GGCAUGGAAUUAGGAAUAUUCGAAUACAACUUGGUGGCAAGGAUGGUGAUACCCGCGGGCCGUCUAUUCCGUUGGUGGGAAAUGAAAAGGGCCAUCGCAGCAGGCUUGGUCUUCCUCAUUUCUCAUUCCGAGAAGAGAGCGAUUCUGGAUCAGCCAUGGCCAGGGCACCGAUGAGCGCCGCCGGAGCAUUGACGUCGUCCUCCCCUUCCCUCACCAGCACCGUCGUCUUGGGCACCGGAUCCUCUUCGUCCACUUCUUCGUCGUCUCAGCAGCCCGAAACCCUAGUGCUCCGUCUCAAUCGGAAGAAGAAGAAGGUUUCUUGGAAGGAAGGGACCGUCGACAACGAGUUCAUGCAGAAGAAGAGCUCGAAGAAGUGCUGCAUAUUCCACAAGCAGAAGCCGUUUGACGAGGACGACAGCGAUCAGGAAGAUGAUGCCCACGGGGAUAAUCACAAUCACGAGAAUGGAAGCCCUUGCUGCUCUAGGGGAAACGGCGGGGAUGAUUCCAGUAGAAUCAGUCGGUAAUCCGAAUUUCGAUGUAAAGCUGGUUACAGAAUUCGCGAUUUUAUCGUUUUGAUUGUCAGAUUCUCUUAAAUUUUUUUUCCCGUUUGUCGAAGUAAUUGAUCAACGAUAUGUUAUUUUACUAAUCGAGGGGGUUUCCCUAUAAUUCGAGUCGUUAUAGGUGGGUGUAACGUGCCAUCGUUUUACCAGUGGAA